CAACAAAAUAGAUAUGGCGACGGUCAAAUUGUUUUCAGCUGGAAGAAAUGCACAACUUCUUCUCCGAAGCAGCAUCAUCCGGCCCGUGUGUGUUUCACAGCAAAGAGGUUGUCACUGGAAGGAUGUCAGUGUGCCUGAUCCAGAGAUGGACUGGAAGUCUAUGACGGACAGAGCCGCAGUGACAACGUUUUGGAAUGAACUCUUCAAAGGAUUUGGUAUUACUUUGGGAAUGUUGUUCAAGGAACCGGCCACCAUCAACUACCCAUUUGAAAAGGGUCCGCUGAGUCCCCGGUUCCGGGGGGAACAUGCUCUGAGACGCUACCCAUCGGGCGAGGAGCGCUGCAUUGCCUGCAAGUUGUGUGAAGCUAUUUGUCCAGCUCAGGCGAUUACAAUAGAGGCUGAGGAGCGGGCCGAUGGCAGCCGUCGCACGACGAGAUAUGACAUCGACAUGACUAAAUGUAUCUACUGUGGAUUCUGUCAGGAAGCGUGUCCCGUCGACGCCAUUGUGGAGGGCCCAAAUUUCGAAUACUCCACUGAAACUCACGAGGAAUUGUUGUACAACAAAGAGAAACUGCUCAGUAAUGGCGACCGGUGGGAGACGGCGAUCGCUUCCAACCUACAGGCCGAUUAUUUGUACAGAUGAACGCCUAAUAACAACAACACAUGGACCUUUUGUUUUCAGAGUGAUCGGGUGUAAUCUGUGUGCAGAAACAAUCUACAUGUCUAGUGCAGUUAGUAGAUUAAUCUACUUGCGAAACUUCCUACUUAGACAACAUUUUUAGUGUAAUUCAUGUGUUUAGGUGCCACAUUUGUUUAACCACUGUAUCUUUAAUGUGUUAAAGAUAUUUAUGAUUUAACUUUAAAAGCAUUUUAAUACAGACUUGGAACUUGGUGACAGUGUGUACUGGUAUUUAAUAAUGGUUGUAUGUCAUGUUAGUAUGAAUGACAUAUUGUAUAUAAUUAAUCAGUUAUGUACAUGCAGAAUAAUUGUAUUUUUACUUGAAGUGAUGUUCGAAUAUGCUGUUUCCAUACUUGUAAUCCGUGUAAUUUAGUGUACAUGUAGUGCCUGACAAGUCUUUGAGGAAGUUACAAGCUGUCCAGAGUGUUUUUUGGUGUAGUCUAUGUCUUACUGUAUAAUCAAUCGUAUUUGAAAACAUUCAUCCUGCCCAGCCCUUGGUCCUAGCUAAUGGCUUUUGUAAAAUGUCCUUGAAUUCAGUUAAAUUAUGUUUAACAUGUUAAACUCAGAUAUUUUAAGCAUUUGUGGCUAUUUUGUUUUUAAUACGAAUUCAAAAUGCUUGAGUCUAAUUCUAAAACGUCAAUAAUUGGAAGUUCUGUUUCUUAUAUAUAUAUGUCUGUGCAAAACCUGGCAUCAGUUAAUUUUGAUGUUUUUACAUGCAAACUAAAAGUGGAAAACCCUGGAAGUUGACUUGAUCUCAUCUAUAGGUCUUGGAUUCAGUUUGUCAGUAUGUGGCAAAACUUCGGAAUUUUGAAAACCAGUUUUGUUUUUCUCAAAGCUGAAAAUGCAGGUAUGAGGUCUCGCACAAACAUGGACAGUAUGUUACCUGAAAAUCGUAUAGCAAGAUAAAACACCUUGCUGAAGAAGGUUUCUGCCAAAGUUAUUGCAUGAUUUUAAUGAGUAAUAUUAAAACACCAAAUUACAGUUUGUGGGGUUUUUUUUGUUUUUGUGUUGGUAACAUCAAAGUUUAUGAAUAUGACAAUAUUCACAGGUGACAGCUUCGUUGUUCUUGUGUAAUGUAUAACUACAUAAUUAUGUGUGUUCUUGAGUGUUUUGUUAUUUUUACAAGAUCCAUAAUAUUUUGCGCUGAAUUGCAUUAGCCAAUAGCAUGAACUGUUGGUCUUCCAUGGAUUAUCUUAUGAGCAUACUAUACUGCACACGAACACACACACAUUUGUUUUCAAAUUUUUAAUAUGCCAUAAAAUAGCUUUUAAAAUCAUAAACAUUGCUGGCUAGGUGCCAGAAGUUCUUAGCUUUACUAGGAGCCCUCUUUUGAAUAGAUGCAAGUUAGUCAAUGGUAUUUUCUUAAACAUUUUAAAUUUAAAACAUAUUCAUGGUUUUCCAUUCGCAUUAAAUGUGCGGUAGAUUUUAAUACAAUAAAUUAAUGUAAACUUAAUUAUAGGACUAGUAGAUGGUUUUCGUUGUUAUAGCACUGACAUUGCUGUGUGUUACUGUAAUGUAAUAUAUGUUUCAAAUAAACACAUUAAAUAUU